GUGGGUUAACGUUUGAGUGAUACGGAGACCGUCCGGUAAAUUCCUGACAGGAGCAAUGAAUGAUUUCGCGCGCGGUGCGCGUGAGUGAAAACGCUCGCGUUAACUGUUGCUGUGAACGGCCGUCUGCAUGAACAUGAGGAGAGGAAAUAACUGAAACAAACUGCGUGGAUUGGCAGUAGGCAGUAACUGAAGAUGAGGAGGCGCUGGUGGCGAUCGGACUGUCUGGGGUUGGCGAUUGGCUUGUUUGUUAUCAUCACCCAAAUCUUGGCUCAAAACACUGAGGACUGGCACUAUGAGGAGUGUAAGUUGUCACGGUCGGGUCCACCUGCCACUAUCGUCACCAUUGAUGAGGAAAGUCCAAAUGGUACCGUUCUUGUGGAAAACAUGCAGAUCAACGGUCGGGCUCAGGAUCCAGAUAGAACCAUCUCCUUGACGCUGCUGGACAACUAUGAUUAUUGGGUUAUCCUUGACCCUGCGCUGCAGAGACUGUAUCUCAACAGCACCGGACGAGUGUUGGACCGAGACCCGCCCAGUUACAUCACCACCAUCGUGGUUCAGGUUCAGUGCACCAAUGAGCUGGUGGGAACAGUUAUUCUGCACGAAGUACGGAUAGUGGUGAGGGACAGAAAUGACAACACGCCUCGUUUCCAGCAGCCUCGUUACUAUGUAUCAGUUAAUGAGCUCACUCCUGUCGGUACCACCAUCUUCACCGGCUUCUCAGGAAACAAUGGAGCCACGGACAUCGAUGACGGACCAAACGGACAGAUCGAAUACGCCAUUCAGUACAACCCAAAUGACCCGAUGUCAAACAGGACCGUGCGUGUUUCUGGGACGCUGUCUGGUAAUAUUGUUUUGGCAGAGCGGCUGAACUAUGAGGAGAGAACUCGCUAUCUAAUUAUAGUCCAGGCCAAUGACCGGGCUCCGUAUCCGGGAACUCGUCGCACAGCAACCACUACUCUAACUCUGGAUGUCUCGGAUGGAGAUGAUCUGGGUCCUAUGUUCCUCCCGUGUGUUCUGGUCAACAACACACAGGACUGUAACCCCAUCACAUACCGUGUGGCUAUUCCUGAGCUCACUGACCCGAGCAAACUGAACCCUCUGAAUGUGACACCUCCCAUUCGAGCCAUCGACCAGGACAGAAACAUCCAGCCACCCUCAGACAGACCGGGAAUCAUGUACUUCAUACUGGUUGGUCAACCUGCUACGUACCUAGAAUUCUUUUCGCUCAACAGGAGCACAGCUGAGCUGCGGCUGCUGAAGCCUGUGGACAGAGAGCUGUACCAGCGCUUCAAUCUCGUUAUUAAGGCCGAGCAGGAUAACGGUCACCCUCUUCCUGCAUACGCUGACCUGCAGAUUGAAAUUCUGGAUGAGAACAACCAGGCGCCAUAUUUCCAGCGUUCCUCGUACCAGGGCUUCAUCAGUGAGUCUGCCUCGGUUGGCACCACCAUCUCAGGGAGCUCCAACCUCACGGCCCCGCUGGGCAUCAUCGCACUGGACAAUGACAUAGAAGAGACAAAAGAUCCUCAGUUGAAGAUCACUCUGAAUGACUACACCUCCAUCUUCUCCAUCACAUCUACUGGCAUCACACGCUACCUUACUCUACUGAAACCAGUGGACCGAGAGAUACAGACCAACUACACCUUAACGCUGGUGGCAUCUGAUGGCGUUCAACAGAGCAGACCCGUGACGGUGGACAUCCUGGUCAUCGAUGCGAAUGACAACACACCCACUUUCGGUCAGAUGUCCUACAGUGUGGAGAUCUUCACUAACAUGCUGCCCGGAGAGACCGUCCUGCAGCUAACGGCUCAGGACGCUGACGCUGGUUUAAACGGCCUCAUCACAUAUGCCAUCCUGGCUGGAGAUCAAGGUGAUUUCAUCAUCAACAACCGCACAGGACGAAUCACGUUAGCACCAGGGGUCACACUGACCGUCGGCCGUUCCUACGCACUGACCGUGAGAGCGUCAGACAACGCUCCUGACACAGAGAGGAGUAUGAUGAGGAUAGGAGCCAUACUGCUGAAUCUGCAGGCUACAGACCGUGAGCUGGAUCCUAUCACCUACCAGAUACAAAGCGGUGACCCGCAGCAGGUCUUCAACCUUUCACGGACUAUAGGUCUUCUGCUGCUGGCCAAACCUCUGGACAGAGAGACUAUUGACCAGUAUCGCCUCAUCGUCACGGCAUCUGAUGGCCACCCAGGAGGGAUUUCCACGGCCACUGUCAGCAUUGUCAUCACAGACGUUAAUGACAACGACCCCAGCUUCGACCUCACUCUACUCAGAAACCUGACCGUGAGGGAGGAAGAGGCCAAUGUGUUCGUGGGUCAAGUUAGGGCCACCGAUCCUGAUGCCGGGCUCAACGGUCAGAUCCGGUACCGUUUGCUCUCCUUUGCAUCUCUGUUCACCAUAAACGCCACGGGCAGCAUCUUCACCGCGGUGCCGCUGGACCGAGAGACUCGGAGCCGGUACGAUCUGAUCGUGGAGGCGUCAGAUGGAGCGGUGGACCCUCGCAGGACCACCAUCACACUGUUGGUGGAGGUGACAGACAUCAAUGACAACAGCCCUGUGUUUUCCCAGCCCAUCUACACCGUCAACGUCCCAGAAAACACCCCGGCUGGAACCGUCAUCCUGAGACUCAGUGCGGAGGAUGCCGAUCUCGUCUCUAACGUGACCUACAGAAUAAAAACAGAAGCGGCUCGGCAGCUCUUCGCCGUGAACCGUCUGACCGGCGCCGUAUCAGUCCUGCAGGUGCUAGACUUUGAGGACUUGGCAGCAGGCAACAGCACCUACACGUUUGAAGUGGAGGCGUUAGAUCACGGAGGAGUCCUUCCUCCUGGAACGGCCACAGUCAUCGUUAGAAUCACGGAUGUGAAUGACUUCUCCCCGGUCUUCAGACAGGCACUUUAUAAAGGGCUGGUGGCUCCAAAUGCAGAGAAAGGGACAGUCAUCACAACUGUGCUUGCAGAAGAUCAGGACCCUCCAGGUACGCCUGCCAGUAAAGUGCGCUACAAAGUGGAUCAGGAUCUGUCUCCGUACAGCGGACGUAUCUUUGAUGUGGAGACGGACACAGGACGAGUUAUCACCAAAGUCAACCUGAACGAGCAGCCCAAUGCCGUCUUCAGGCUGGUGGUCAUCGCCUAUGACGAUGGAGAGCCGAUGAAGACGAACAGAACUACAGUGGAAAUCACUGUGCUUCAGCCCUCCAGGAUUCCCAUCUUCACCGAGGAAGAGUACAGGUUUAGUCCGGUGAGUGAGAGCGCUCCUGUCGGGACGCCUGUGGGAAUGAUUCUGGCCGCAGCCGUCAACACCACUGUCUUUUACUCCAUAGUGAGCGGAAAUGAAGGAGGUGAGUUCAUGGUCAAUAACCGCACUGGGAUCAUCUACACAAAUAAACUUCUGGACUACGAGAGCGUGACCAGUUAUGUGCUCCGCGUGCAGGCCGACUCCCUCGCCAUCAUCCUCGCCAGUCUACGCGCUCCCUCCAAAACGAACACGGCGAAGGUAUUUAUCGACGUGCAGGAUGAGAAUGAUCAUCCUCCGGUCUUCACAAGGUCUCUUUACAUCGGAGGAGUGACUGAAGACACUAAGACCUUCACCACAGUACUGAAAGUUGUGGCUACAGAUAUCGACACGGGAAACUACAGUAAGAUGGCCUACAGACUGAUCAUCCCCCCCACACCCGAGGGGCAGGACAGUUUCGUCAUUGAGCCGUACACUGGCAUCAUCAAGAGCGCCAUCAUGUUCAGAAACAUGCGCCGGUCCUACUUCAAGUUUGAGGUCAUCGCCACAGACAACUAUGGGGAGGGAUUGAGCGGCAGGGCUGAUGUGGUGGUGUCCGUUGUCAAUGCCUUGGACAUGCAGGUUGUGGUCUCUAAUGUGCCGCCCACUGUGGUGGAGGAGAAUAAAGAGCAGCUGAUUAGUAUUUUGGAGCGCUACGUGCAAGAUCAGAUCCCUGGUGCUAAAGUGAUAGUGGAAUCGAUUGGCCCUCGGCGACACGGAGAAGGUUAUGAACUUGAGGACUACACCAAAUCAGACCUGCAGGUGUACGCCAUCGACCCUCUCACCAACAGAGCCAUCUCCAGACAAGAGCUCUUCAAAAUCGUGCCCACGGAUUAUGCUAUUCUCAUCGUCAUGGUGACGUACAAACAAUUCAAAGAGAGGCAGGCCGAGUGUGCCAAAACUGCCCGUAUCCAGAUGGCUCUUCCUGCCGGAAAAUCAACAGGAGGUGGCGCUCCGACCAAUCUCUACGAGGAGCUGGGAGACGGUGGCAUGCUUGGACUACAAAGGCGCCGAAAGUCUGUAAUCGAGGAGGCGGAUCGACAGAGUCACAUAAGAGCCUUUGCCUCUCGUGCUAUCGCCGCUCACAAACUGUGUGCCGGAAACGGAAAGUUGCUCGACAGGUUGCCCAAGUCAGAAAGCAACGUCACCUUCCUCUCGGAUCAACGGCUGCUCUCCACGCAAAAUCCGCUUUACCAGGAUGGAGCGUCAAGUAGUUCCGAGUCCAACUCGGAGGUGCAAAGGGUCAGUGGGUUUUUGGACAGUGAUGUCCCAUCUCCGACAAGCCCCAUCAGCCAGAUGACUUCUUGGUCCUUGCCGUCCCGUAUUCGAGGACGAGGGCUUUACGAUGCUCUGCGCCGGCAGGCACUCUUUGACCCUGCCGAAUGGGAGAAGCAAGAGCUGAAGGCGGGGCUUAAGGACAGCAGGGAUGAGCUUGAUGCUGAUGUAGAUCAAAGUGGUAGAAGCACAGAAACUAAGCUGUCGGUCCGAGAACAAGCCAGACAGUUUGAGCAGCAAGCUUUAGCCGAACGGAUGCCGAGACAGAGCCGGGACUCUUACGCAUCUCUAGAUCCGGACGACCCACUGCUAACCGCCUUCAUGUUCUCAUCCAGUCCAAUUUCUGUUGGCAAGGACAUCCCACCCUGCAUUAUCAUCGCAGUGGGUGAUGGUGAGACUCCUCCCCCACCCAUGGCUCAGCGUCCCACUCCGCCCGUCCUGAGGAAGUUCAGCUCCAGUAUAUCCAAUUACAUGACAGUGGAGCCUUGUGAGAUCACUCUGGAAUUCAUAUCGGACUCUCCGGAAAGUCCACCAACCCCUCUUCCUGUCCCAUCCUGCUCUUUACUUUCUCCACCUGUGCAACAGGACUCCACCCCACCACCUACCCCAACUCCCGUUCAGUCUCCUGAACCCCCCGCUCAGUCUCCGACUCCUACACGUAAGCUAAGAGGGAUCCUCAAGAACACAGGCAGAUCUGCCAAAAGCCUUGAUGUGAAAGAUGACAGCACUUGCGAAGGAGGACUUAAAGACUCCAUGACUGUUGUUCUAAAAGACAGGCGUGGCUUUGGCAGAGAGGCUCUCUCCAUGGAAUCUGGUAUCGACCCUGGACAGGAUUACUAUAACCAAGACUACUAUAGCUACGAUCAAGGGUAUGAUCCCUAUCCACCCUACGGCAGCCGCAGGAGGCUGAUUACACCUAUGUAUGAUGAGUAUGGAGAGGCCAUCAUGGAAGAUGAAGGAUAUUACUAUGGUGGACCAGAGGCUGGCAAAAAGAAGCGAAUUAAAUUGGUUUUGGACCGAGAGCAUGACACGACUUCAACAGGAGAAGACAGUGGACCGGACGUCCAGCGCAAUCGCAUACCCAACAUCAGCAGCCACAGUAACAUCAACGGAUCGGUAUACCUUGCCCAAAAUGGUACCAUCAUCCGAACACGAAGGCCCCCUUACCCCAACAACUUAAAACUGGGCUCACCAACACGAUUAGGUAAACAGUUUAAAAAACUGGACAAGCUAGGUGUCACACAUGAAGAGCAUUUACCUUUAAAUGGAACAGAAGACAAUGGGCCUACUAUCAGCACCACCACUGCCCAUUCCUAUGUUACUGAUCACAACCUUAACUCCAAAGAGUGCAGUGUAAUGGGCCCUAACAGCAUAGGGCCCAAAUCCAACAUCGAUAAAGCCCGUUUGGAGCUGGAUAAGGGGUGCUGUGAGCAGGAGUCCUCAGUGGACAAUGGGGAGAUUAAAGAGUCGGUAGAGUCUCCAUGUGAGCAAACACUGUCUGAUGAAGAGGAGCUCUGGAUGGGUCCCUGGAACAACUUACACAUACCAAUGACAAAACUCUGAUUUCUAGUUUUGCUAAUGCUGACGGUACGGUUUCUAUUUAGUUUCCUUUCUAGUCUUUUCUAUGUUUUAUUUGGGUUCUAUAAAGCGUUUAUCUCGAUUCUGUUGUACACACAUCAGACACCGACUAAGAAAUGUGAUUCUCUUAUAAAGAAUUCAUGCAGAUGACUAUAUUUCACUUCUUAUUGUAGUGUCGGAUAAAUUGUUGUGGAAGACAGGGCUAUUCUGUACAAAUUUCUUUGCCUCAAGUCAACCGUUUCCAAGAUGUAUAAAACUGUAUAAUUAAAGAUAUUAGUUGUUAUCAGAUAUGAUUUCACAAACAGAUAAUACAAAAGAAAAUGUAACCGAAUCAAACCGUUUAGAAAGUGUGUCCAUUACAGCUUUGACUGAAGAGUAUUUUUUAAUAAAUUUAAUAAACAACUGAUGGUUGUUCAAAAACUCCCUAAAAAUCAGUAUAACCAGUGAAGGCUGCUACACUCAAUUAUUCCUCACGUUUUUUAAUGGAUGUAUUUUUUACAUUGAGAAUAUAUAUGGUUGUAA